AUGGAUCCAGCCUUCCAGAAAGAACUCACCUGCUUCAUCUGCUUGAACUACCUUACAGACCCUGUCACCAUAGGCUGUGGGCACAACUUCUGUAGGCCCUGUCUCUGCCUUUCCUGGGAAAAAGCUGAAACGCCUGCCUGUUGCCCACUGUGCAGGCAAACAACAGAGCAGACAGCAUUCAAAACCAAUAUUCUUGUGAAGAAUCUGGUGUCCCUUGCCAGACAAGCCAGGCUCUGGCAAUUCCUGAGCUCUGAGGAACAGAUGUGUGGGACUCACAAAGAGACAAAGAAGAUGUUCUGUGAAGAGGGCAAGAACCUGCUCUGUUUGCUCUGCUCUAACUCUCAGGAGCACGAAGCUCACAGACACUGUUCCAUAGAAUGCGCUGUUGAGGAAUACCGGUAUUAUGUGUUUCUACUGUCAGAGAUUAUCAGGUCUGAGUAUCAGAAAUUGCAUCCGAAUCUCCUUGAGGAAGAAAAACAACAUUUAGAGGGACUGAAAAAUGAAGGCAAGAAGAUAUUUCAGCAACUGAAGAAAAGUGAAGCCACAAUGGUUCAAAAGGGGAGGCACCUGAGAGAAAUGUAUGAGGAGCUGAGGAAUAUGUGCCAUAAAUCAGAUGUGGAGUUGCUCCAGGAUUUGGGAGACAUAUUGACCAGGAGUGAGUCCGUGCAGCUGGACAUGCCCCAGCCUGUGAACCCAGCGCUCAGUGCUAGGCCCAUCACUGGCCUGAUAGACAGGUUCCGCCAGUUCCGAGUAUUCUCUUUUUCCACAGUGGAAAUUUCCUUCCGUUAUGAAAUAAGCAGUCAGAAUAUCAUGGUGUUUGAUGACGUGAGAAGUCUGAGGCUAAGACGUGACCUUCAAGAGGUGCCUUUUCCUUCUAGAAGAUCUCAGUACUUUGCUGCAUGGGGGGACCAGGCCUUCACCUCUGGAAAACACUACUGGGAGAUAGAUGUGGACGACUCUUGGGACUGGGCUGUAGGAGUCUGUAAGGAUACCUGGUUAAGGAAGAAUGGCUCACUGGUUGAAUCUGAGAACGUAUUUCUUCUUUUAUGUGUGAAGGAUGUUAAUCGUUACAAUCUCUUGACCACUUCCCCAGUGUUUCCUCAGUAUAUAGAGAAACCUCUGGGGCGAGUUGGUGUGUAUAUAGAUUUUGACAGUAGAAGUAUGAGUUUUGUUAAUGUUGCCAAAAGUUCCCUCAUAUGGAGAUACCCAGCCUGCUCCUUCAAUUACCCUCUCAGGCCUUUCUUUUGUACUGGCCACACAUGAUAGUGGUGAAUUCAGGAACCUGGAAACUCCAUAUCUGAGGGAGUCCUUCUCAGUUGAAGCUGAUCAAUAAUAUUUUAUUGUCUUUUAUUUUGUUCUUCUUUAAAGUAACAUUUUGUUGUUAUUAACUAUGAAAAAAAGUUGGAAAUGAAAACUUUCGCUAGU